UCUAAAACUCCUCACGGUUGAUUCACCUCUUAAAACCCCAUGGUUUAUAUCUCUUAGUUUUGCUAUAUUCUUCAAAAUUAUCAUGGCUUCAACUCUUCUUUGUUUUCUCCUAUUUCUCCCACUUCUAGACCAUGUUUCUGCCAAUUCUUUUCUCUUUGAAGGAUUCAAUAACAAUAGCAAACUCACCCUUGAAGGAGCCUCUGUUAUCAAAACCAGUGCUCUACUUAGACUCACCGACAGAUCAACCAACAUAGUAGGUCAUGCAUUCUACAAAACACCAUUCAAAAUGCUUAACAAAACAAACUCUUCACUCCAACCAAAUGCUUAUUCCUUCAGCACCUACUUUGUUUUCUCAAUUGUGUCCCCAAGAUCAGGCUCUGGUGGCUUCGGCCUCGCCUUCACCAUAGCACCGUCAACAAUUUUUCCGGGCGCCGAGGCCGGCCAUUUCCUCGGCCUUGUUAACUCCACCAGUGAUGGGGACUCCUCAAACCACAUAUUAGCAGUUGAGUUUGACACGGUGAAUGGCUACAAAGAAGACUCUGACACUGAAGGAAACCAUGUUGGUGUCAAUGUGAAUGGCAUGAACUCAAAAAUUACUGAGCCAGCUGCAUACAUUGAAGCUGGGACAGAUAGUAAUGUGAAGGAAGAUUUCAGAAUGGCAAAGGUUGAUGCUGUCCAAGCUUGGAUAGAAUAUGAUAGCAAAAGCAAAACUCUGAAUGUAACAGUAGCUCCCCUACCAUUACUAAGACCAAACAAGCCACUUAUAUCUUAUCCUAUUGAGCUUAACACAGUUUUUAAGGAAAACAUGUAUGUUGGUUUCUCAGCUUCAACAGGGAGCAAGGAAACAAGCUUUCAUUAUAUAUUGGGAUGGAGUUUUUCAGUGAAUGGAGAUGCUCCUUUAUUAAAUAAUUCUGAGCUUCCAAAUCCGCCACCAAAGGAGCAAGAUCCAUCAUCUUUUCCUUGGGUCAAUCUUGCAAUUGGAACCUUGUGUGUUCUGACCUUUACCUUGUUGUGUCUCUUGCUUUAUCAAACAUUGUGUAAGAGAUACAUGAGAUUUGAGGCUCUUGAGGAUUGGGAGAUGGAUUGUCCUCACAGAUUUAGAUACAAAGAUCUUCACACCGCAACAAAGGGGUUCAAAGAGAGCCAGCUAAUUGGAGUUGGAGGCUUUGGUGCUGUGUACAAAGGCGUGUUACCAACAACAGGAAGUGAGGUUGCUGUUAAGAGGAUUGUGAGAGGCCCUAUCCAUGGGAUGAGGGAAUUUGCAGCUGAGAUUGAAAGCUUAGGGAGAUUGAGACACAAGAAUUUGGUGAAUCUUCAAGGGUGGUGCAAGAAAAAGAAUGAUCUACUUUUAAUCUAUGAUUUCAUCCCAAAUGGUAGCCUUGAUUCUAUUUUAUAUAAUUCCAAUUGCAAUUUUGUUUUGGAUUGGGGACAAAGAUUCAAAAUUCUCAAAGGCAUCACUGCAGGGCUAUUAUACCUGCAUGAAGAGUGGGAGCAAGUGGUUAUCCAUAGAGAUGUGAAAACUAGCAACAUUCUAAUAGAUGGAGAUUUCAAUGCUCGUUUAGGUGACUUUGGACUAGCAAGAAUCUAUGAUCAUGAUCAAAUAUCACACACAACCAAUGUGGUUGGCACAAUUGGGUACAUUGCACCGGAGUUAACUCGCACCGGAAAGUCUUCAACAGAAUCAGAUGUGUAUGCUUAUGGGGUUGUGCUCCUUGAAGUGGUUACAGGGAAGAGACCUGUUAGCUCAGAUCAAUUUUUCUUGGUGGAUUGGGUUGUUGAAAAUUACCAAUUGGGUCAGAUUCUUGAGGUGGUUGAUCCUAAGCUGAAUUCAGUUUAUGAUUUGGAAGAAGUGGAGUUGGUUCUGAAAUUGGGUCUCCUCUGCAGUCACAACAUAGCAGAUUAUAGACCUACCAUGAAACAAGUUACAAGGUACUUGAACUUUGAUGACCUUCUUCCUGAUAUUAGUGAUUGGAGAAGGAGUGUUUCUGAAAGCAGCAGUCUGAGCUUAGGAUUCUUAGAAGCCACUUCUAUGAUGAGUGUGGGAACAUCAAAGAAUUUGUCCUCCAUAGAUAUCAUGAGUACAAACUCCAUAGAUGCUGGUAGAUAGCAAGAAUCAUAUUAGUUAUAUGACUACCUUCACUUCUAUGUAUCUAUCUAAGUAUUUGUAUAGUCUAGUAAAAUAUUUUAAUUGAUAACAAUUUACGUUUUUUCAGGUAAUAUAAUCUUUUGGAUGUUAAGA